AUGGCUUUCACAAACACCAACAACAGUGUUUCUGAUCGUUCGUCGAUAGAUUUUUGUUCUAGCACCCAUGUCAAAAUUUGUUCUCUUUUAACACUAGGUCCGUGUUCUUGUUCCACAACAAAAGAAACAACACAACCCACUGAUCAUUCUUCCACCAAGAAGAGAAAACUUGCGAGCAAAGAAACCGAUAAUAAAAAGAAGAAAAAGGGUUGCUAUGAAGAAAACAAAGGGUGGGGUUUCUCAACUGAUUUAAUGUUGUAUGAUGACCCUUGGAAGAUAAAAAAAGUGUUGAAAGAAAGUGAUGUUGGUGUUGGCAACAUGUGUAGGCUCUUGCUUGAUGAAGAAUUGGUAGAGGACCUUGUGAUUCCUGUUUUGGGUGUUGAUAACAAUUAUGACAUUGGAAUUGAAGUUAGUAUUUGGGAUUUGGACACUAACUCCAUGCAUUCUCUAGUUUUCAAGAGGUGUCCUUUUUCAGGAAGUUUUGUUUUCAUGGAGGGUUGGGUUCAUGAUUUUGUUGUUAGAAGGGAUUUGAAGAGAGGAGAUGAGAUUGGCCUACAUUGGGAUCCAUACAAGAAGCACUUUAACUUUUGUGUUUUUCAAAUCUAUGACAAAGUACAAAAGAACUCAUGAAAAGUUUUAGUUUUUAUUUAUUUC